GAAACACCCUUUGACAUCACUCUUUUUCCAUACCAGCUUUGCUAGAAGGCUUCUUGUCAAGCUGCAAGCGAAUCACGCUUAUCAUGAUUGGCUUAAUAUGGAUAUCUCCCUCUCUCUCUGGGGCCCUCUACCUGCCCUGUUGGAGCCGCACAAGACACUUGCAGCUCGAUUGAUGCCCCAAACUCUUUCAUGGACGUCUGCUCCAUUGAUUCAGCUAAACUUUGAAUUACCGCAUGCAGCACUGACGCCGACAUACUGAUCUAUUGAAAAUAGUCCCCUCACCUCUACUCUUCUGACCUUUUACUAUGCCUGACCCAAUGACGAUACAGGAAGAGUCUGAUCACUUCUCCCCCUACAGGGCGGAUGGAAAGCUGUAUGGCUUCGUGUGCGUGGUCACUGGCGCAAACAUGCCAGUUGGUUCAGCUAUUGUGACGGAGUUGGCAGCACAUGGCGCAGCAUGCAUCUACGCUUGCACGACCACCGAACAGUCCUCAGGAGUACAAUCCUCGCUCCUCAAACGUUACCCGAACACCAAAGUCAUCGAUUAUCCCUACUCUAUAUCCUCCGAGCAAGAUACAUUGACUCUGAUUGACGAGGCUCUUAAUGCCUGGGGAAGACUGGACGUUUGGGUUUGCUCUUCGGGUCUGCUUGGUCCUCCGUCCAUCGACCUUACCACCCCGGAAGAUCUCCAGAAAUGCUUCGAAGCCAACAGCCUAGCACCAUUCUUCGCCCUCAAGUACGCUCCGCCUGCGAUGACAAAGACCUCGCCAAAGGGUAGCUACCCGAAUGCGGCACCCAAAGAUCAGUCCUACGGGAGCAUCAUCGUGGUGUCGAGCACGGCAAGCACAUAUGGUGGAUGUUGGGGACCUUGCUAUACCAUGAGUUCACAUGCUGCCCUCGGCGUGGUGCGUGCUGGCGUUGCCGUGCUCAAAGGCACAGGUGUGCGUAUCAAUUCAAUCAGUCCUGGUCAGAUUGAUGUCGGAGUCAGUCUCAACGGAUUCGAGAAGAGGGGCAUGUUCAACAACACUCAGCUGCCUCCAGCCGAGUUACAAAAUGAGACUGCGCAAAAACAGAACAUUGGUUUGGAAAGAGCAGGCCAGCCAGCGGAAGUGGCUAGAGUUGCGGGCUUUCUGGCAUCUGGCUUUUCCAGUUACAUCACGGGCUCUAAUAUGAUAGUGGACGGUGGCGCGAGUGUGAUGUCCCCUCUUAUGGUACCGAUAUAGACGAGACAGUCGUUAAAGUAUAGCAUAUAUCGACGAGAAGAUGACAAGGUUGGAGGAUUGGAACCUCUUCUCGACAAGCUUCCUGUCUCAAUGGGCCUUCCAUUGUGCAAACACAUAUGUCCUGAUCGUCUGAUUUUGUAGGGAGUAACUAUCUAACAGUACCGUCAUAUAUGAGACUUGGGUCCUGCUAGCGAAAAAAGACUCCCUUGGGAUCCGUUCUGGGCACCGUGUAAUGAUCAAAGAGCCAUGAGGAAAAAGCGUUUGAUGAUAAGGAAUUGGUGCCUGGAAUAUGAGCGAAGAAGCAACGUCCUGCUUUACAUAUCCGUAUGGUAAUUUGUGCAAACACUCGCGGCAGCGCUGUCCAAAAGGAAGCUGAACCUCCAGCAGCAUACAGGCCUCAUCAGCAUCAAGAGGUCUCAUAGAGACAAGACGAGUGUCUUUGGACUUGACGUCUACGGGAAUUUCGUUGCUUGCACAUCAU